AUGUCGCGUGAUAUUAUGGUUGCCGAUAGCGGCGAGACCGUUGGAAAUACACCUCUUGUUUUAUUAAAUUCAGUCACAAAAGGUCUUGAUGCAAAAAUUGCAGUUAAACUGGAAUACUUGAAUCCGUCAUGUUCAGUAAAAGAUCGAAUCGCCAAAUCGAUGAUAUUAGCAGCCGAGGAAGAAGGAAAAAUAAUUCCCGGUAAAACAGUUUUGAUCGAAAUGACCAGUGGAAAUCUCGGAAUCGCUCUGGCACAUAUUGCUAAAAUUCGAGGGUAUAAGGCAAUUCUUGUGAUGCCAGCCACAAUGAGCGUCGAGCGGAGAGCAAUGCUCAAAGCAUAUGGAGCUGAAGUGAUUCUUACUGAGCCUUCGGAAGGGUAUGCAGGACUUUUGAAAAGAAUUCAAGAUUUAAUGGAAGUUUUCCCCGAAUUGUAUAAUUUGGAUCAGAAUUCGAAUCCUGCUAAUCCAUUAGCACAUUAUCAAACGACAGGUCCUGAAAUUUGGAAGCAGACUGGAGAAAAAGUUGAUAUUGUGUGCUUCGGAGUAGGAUCAGGUGGAACCAUUUCGGGAACCGGACGCUUCAUGAAAGAAAUGAAUCCGGCUGUAAAAGUAUAUGCUGUGGAACCGUAUGAAUCAUCGGUCUUGAGCGGAUUGCCAAGCGGACCACAUAGAAUUCAAGGAAUUGGGGCAGGAAUUAUUCCGGUUAAUUUCGAAAAAAAUAAACAGUAUGUUGAUGGAGUGGUUCGAAUCAAAUCGGAUGAUGCAAUUGAAAUGGCGAGACGUUUGGCAAAUGAGGAAGCGAUUCUAGGAGGAGUCUCUUCGGGAGCAAAUGUGGCUGCAGCGAUUGAACUCGCCAAACGUCCUGAGAACAAAGGAAAAUUGAUUGUCACCACUGUAAAUAGUUUCGCCGAGAGAUACUUCUCGACUGAAUUGUAUUCGGAUGUUCUCGAAGCGUCAAAUGCGAUGAAAAUUUCCAGUUUAGAAGACUCGAUCGAAAUCACUAAAAAAUAUCUCGCAUAA